GGCGUCAGUUGCUCUCAGUGCGGCCGGCGGAGCGGAUCAGCCGGUAACGGGAACAGUAAUGGCCAAGAGUUGAUCAAACAUGGCCAGACAGAGGAAUUACAAAGUUUACCAAAGAAGGAGAUUACAUGAAGUAAACUGUACAGUGUCCGGCGCCAAACUGUUGAAAGGUUUUCACCGCAGACAAGGAAUUAGGACGCUUUUACACAACUUGGUUCCCCCAGAGUCUGGAGAAGUUUAGGAGAGAAGCGCGCUUUGGGGAUUUUUUUUUUUUUUUUUUUUUUUUUUUAACUAUUUUAAUUUACUCUUUCUUUCUGCCUGUUGCUUUUCAUUUGGUCUCGAGUCAUGGCUCUGUCCCAGAUACAGUGCCUGGACGAUAACCACGUGAACCCGCGGACGCACGAGUCCAAACCGGAGUUCCUGUACUGCGAGGACCAGCGGCUCGCGCUCGAGUCUCUGCUCCGGGACGGUCGCGAGGCGUUCGUGAAGUUCCUGGAGGCUCGCGGCCUGCGGGGCUUCCUCUCGGACCCGGAGCUGGAGGCUUUCACCCGGGUGGUGGAGCCUUACGACCCGGGAUGCGAGCUCUUCCCGUCGGAUGCGGAGGACGACGAGCCCCCGCUGUCGCUGCACUACUGGCCGGAGCUGUCGGACACGUCGGUCCCCCGGUUGGACCUGGGCUGGCCGGACUGCACGUCCUACCGGGGGGUGACGCGCGCCAACGUGUACGCGCAGCCAUCGCUCAGUGGCGAGGGGCACAUCAAAGAGAUUGUAAGGAAAGCAAUUGCGCAGGCGCAAAAGGUGAUUGCAGUGGUGAUGGACAUUUUCACCGACGUGGACAUCUUCAGGGACUUGAUGGACGCCGGCUUCAAGAGGAAAGUUUCGGUCUACAUCCUGCUGGAACGCACAGCUCUACCUCACUUCCUGUCCAUGUGUCAGAGGGCCAACAUGCACACCGGGCACCUCAAGAACCUUCGUGUUCGCUGUGCAGGAGGAGCAGACUUCUACACUCGGUCCAGUACCAUGGUCCGAGGCCGGAUGGGACAUAGAUUCAUGUUCAUAGACGGAGACAAAGCUGUGUCUGGGUCAUACAGCUUCACCUGGAUGUCAUCGCGGCUGGACAAACACCAUAUCACCGUGGUAACAGGCCAGGCAGUGGACGCCUUUGACCGGCUAUUCUGUCACCUCUACAUGACCUCCAGCGCUGUUGACCUUCGACAGGUCGUCACGGAGACCGAACCUGAGCCGGAGCUCCUCCCACAGCCACUCUCUGUUGCGCCUCCCUCUGCUGAAGUUGCUCGGAAGCUCUAUAACCCCAAAUACGCCCUUCUUGCCAUAGGCAACAGCAGCUUCAAUCCCACCUCCUCCUCUGGCCGCAACAGCCCCAAAGACCCCAAUCCCCAAAAUGAAGCGCCCCCAGAAACCAAGAGGAGGAGGCGGAGGGGGGCUAGCAAAGAAGCUGUAGAAGCACCCCCCAUUCACCCCGGGAUAGCCAAUCUGGAGAAGGCAAACCUGAUCCCAUACCUGCCUACCUGGCCAGAGCCCGACCCUCCCAGUGAUGUCAUCGGGUUCAUUAACAUUAGGGACGCAAACCGGCCAACACAGGUUCAUCUGCAGCGCUCUGAGAUGUUUGAGACCAGCCAGGCGAUCAGGUUCAGCAGCCCAGUCAGCAUGCCAGAGAAAACCCUGCCAGAGGUCGCCAAGCCCAUGCGGCCCACUGCUAAAAAUGAGGGGAAACAGGGAGUCCAGGCAAAAGUUAACACCAAGGUGUCUGUGGAAGACCGAGCACAGCAAAUUCAACCCAACACGGAGCCUUCUAGUGUUAAAGUUAACACACUAACACCAGAGGAGAAAGCACAUCUGCCCGGACCAAAUACACACACUGCUGAACUGAAACUGGGCAACACACACAAUUCUACCCAUAACUCAAAAUCUCAACCUGAAACAGAGACUCACAGGGAGGAGGCUAAAAUGCCUGCACUCAACACUGAGCAUAAUCUGCCCUCAGACACACCCAGCAGCCAAAACACCACUCUUCACCUCAACGCACACACACCUCAGAAACUGAAUAGCGAUGUGUCCAGACCUGGAUACGCGAUGCCUCACACUGUCGUCACAAAUGACACUAAGCCGGAGCCCCUCCCUGUGUUGAAAACAGAAAACACUACACAAACUGAACCUAGUUUAAACACACACAAGGAAUCCAUGUACAGUUCACAUACCCUCGACUCACACAGCCCGCAAUCCUCUCACCCUGCUGGCUUGAGCACAGAUACUGAAAAUGAUUCAGUGCCUUCAACUAUCAGUCUAGUUCCCUCAUCCUCCAUCAGCUCCAUGCCAACCUCCUCUCUUUCCUCUCCCCCUGUUACCUCUUCUUCCAUGAACUUAGAUCCUCCCAUCACAUCUCUCCCAUCUCCUCCCCUCACUGCAUCCUCCACCUCCACUCCGCCUGUCCCUAAGCCUCGUACCGUCCAGCUGGUUAUCAAAGGCAGCGGUGGUCUGGACCUGCCGGAGGUCAGUGUAGCCAUGAGGUCUGGGAGCCUGGCCAAGACUGGGCCACUGCCGGACCACAAUGAGCCCGCCAAACUGCCUGUGACUGCAGCUCUAACACAGUCAGGAUCCGACCCUCUUCCCCACGUGGAAAAAGAAACUGAAACUGUGCCAACACCACAAAAUGAGAGUGGAGCAAAAAAUGGAGUACAAACAGGCACUGAGAAUAAUUUGUGGAAACCUGCAGAAGGACGUUUGGCCGCACAGCAAACACAGAGUGUGACUUCACAGGAAAGAGAGGGAAUUUGUGAGGCAUUAACUGGACAACGGUCUGAUCGCAAGAACAGAGCAGCAAAACAAAUGGAUGCUGGCACCAAACUACAAGUCCAGUCAGAUGUUUUGAUGGCCAGUGCACCACAGACAGACCAUGUGAAUUUCAAAGACAUAACGCCAAGAGGGGUUGAGAGCAAGACUUUGGCAUUUAAAGAGCUCAAUAUUACACCAAAGCCACUGAUGGACUGUGUGACCCCAUUACCAAUAGACACCAAAGUCACAGCAAGACCGCCAACAGGCCGUGAUUCCUCAAAAGCACCAGGUGAGAAUGUAAAACAACCAAAAACAGAACUUGCAACAGCAAAGGAACCUCAAAGAAUUUUGAAUUGUGUAUUGAAACCACAGAACAAAGGUCCAUUGGCAUCUGUGGACUCUAUAACCCCUGAAGUUGGUGCGAACAUUCUUGUUUCUGCAACACAUACGCAUAAACACAACCCAGUUUUGGACACACACACACCCAAACACAGUGUUGAUGGUACUGCACCACUUGACAGUUGCCUACACACACACAAGUCAACACACAACACACAGGACAAGUCAAAACACUGCACAGACAACAUGCUGAACACUACAAAACCCAGCACGCAUGGCACUUUUCAAGAAUCCCAACAAAACACCAACAUCAAAGGAAGCUCACAGAUAUCCAAAAAAUCCAUGUACCUUCAUUUUCCCGAUUCGGCCACAAACACACCAGAGCUGCGUUCCCCAACAUCUGAGAGAGACCCACGGUCACACACACCUUUUUUGCGCACUCCAACACCCGACAAACUCCACCCUCGUACACCCACACCAGACUCACGAACACAUACUCCAGACCCACGCUCAUCCACUCCAGAUUUUCGGACCAUGUCAGAUGUGAGUGAUGGGUACCUUUCUCCAAGGGAGGACUCCACUCUCUCCAACACUUCAGAGGAGUAUUAUGAAUGUAGCAGCUCUCCUCUCCAUGACCCCGUCUUUGACCAAGUGGAUUAUCUCAGCCACUGGACAACGGAGGAUUGUAUUCACUCUAUGCUGACAAAUACUGCCACCACUGCAACUCCAACCACCGCUGCUAAACCCACUCCAACUAGUCCUUUGUGUAUAAAGACUAGUGCAAGUGCUAUCUCAUAUGGUGCUUCAGAUAAGGAUAUGUCUGUUAGUGAUCCACAAAGAUUACCUGGUACUUCUAUGAGAACCUCCUCUUCCUCUGUAAUUGAUUGGAAAGAGAAGCUGACAAAAGAAGAAGGGGAAUCCACAAAGGAGAAUAGAGGAGAAGAUGAAGAAGAGGAGAGGAAAAUGAUUGUGACAGAGAGAUGGAACAGGACAGAGAAAGCAUCCCGCAUUUCCCAGGGGACAGAACGGGGCAACAGCUGCCUACCCUCAGAAACAAAAAGAACCACUAACCACUUUACAGAGGAGCCAGGUACGUCUGAAAUGUUGCCUAAAACAGAAAAAAAUGAGGAUGCUAAACCCCAAGCCCCCAAAAGAAAGAGGGCACUCACAAUAGGAGAUGAUGUGGUUGCCGGCAGAGCAAAUAAACCCCAAGAGUUGUCUAAGAAGGGAGCAGAAACAGAAGAAUUGCUUGCUGAAUUUAAAGCCAAGGAGCAAGAGAGGCCAGAGGAAGUGAAUUCAGGUGGAGAGAGAGCAGCAGAAACAGCAGCACUUGGACCCAGCAGUGUGGAGAGGAAAGACAGGCUGCAGCCUGCCAGAGACGCCAAGGGAAAGAAGCCGAUGAGAACUCCUUCCAGACCUCCACAAUGGCAGCAGGAGGAGGACAGUCACACGCCCCCUCAGUCCCAACCUGCCUCUCCCUCCAAAACUGCUCGUCCCUACCCAACUCCCCAGCCCUCAGCGGGACGUCCUGGUGGAGGCCAGGUGGAGACAGGGACCAAAUCCUCAUCUCCCUCCAGACCGCCAUCCAGACAGUCCCCUCCGCUCGCAGGGAGAAGGCAGACCGACACCCCCCCUGCCAAACGCAGUCCCACCUCCAGGCAGUCUCAGGGCAGAGCCAGAGCGGGACAGACACAGAGCCAGGCUUCCUACCCAAAACCCCAGCCCUCUUUUCUGCACACACACUCAAACCUGCAGUCCCAGCUCCAGACUCAGUCCCAGCCUGCCUUAUCCCAGAUGCAGGCGCAGCCCGGUGCGAGGCAGGGCUCAGUGGCUGUGCCUGGGCCUGGGGACACAGCAGGCCAGGCGGACGGUAAAUCUCCGUUCAGUUUGUCCUUCAGCCGGCUGUACAACCUCAAGGGCUUGAAGGACAAGAUGAGCAAACCCCCACCCCAGAGCAGGAGGAGCAGCACCCCCUCUCCUGCACAAACACGCAAAAGCACAGGCUAGUGACUGCCGGAACUUUGAACUAUGAACUAUGAAAUAUCAACUUUGACUUGUUGGGUUGUCCUGUUUCUCAUGAUGUAGGACGCACUUUACGUUGUUUCUAACAUGGCAGUUUGUAUCAUCCUGGAUGAAACCAUUCUUGUAUAUGUUUGUAUGCUGCUUUUAUUUUUCUUUACUACCUUAACGGGUCCAAACAAAUAGUGCCUUGGUAGGUGUUUGACACUAAAACCACUCAGCUUUGUUGAUUUUAUUGAUCAUGACAUAUUUCACAAUAACUUGUCACGUAACAGCUGGCCCUGAAAUGCAGCUGAUGUCAAACAAGGAGACCCCAGACAGGAAGUGAGGUUUCUUCAGACCCUUAAAAAUGCAUGACUUUCUCACUGUACUUUAUUCGAGGCUAUAUUUUAGUUAGUGGCUUUUUACAUGUCCGCAUCAUGAACACAUGAUCAUUUGAAUUUAAAUGUGUCAUGUUUUGUCAAAAAAAACAAAAAAAUUAAAAAAAAAAAAAAACCCUCAACCUUAGCCAUAAAAUAAGGGUACUAACAGGCUGGGAAGUCUUGUCUAGUCACAGAAUAAUCAGUUGCUUCUACAACUGACCUCUGACCCCUGACCUGUGGCCUUCAGGAAUUCCUGGAAAGGUCAUGACCUCUGAUGGCCUGGAGGUAAAAUUUUCUCAUGAACCAUUGCUUUCCACACAGGCAUUUUUCAAUUGUGGUGUUUCUGUAUACCAGACACAUGACCCUUUUCGUUACAUUCAUUUGCUGGCAAUGAUAUGGGCUCUGUUAUUAUCUGUUUGUAAUUCUUACCACCUCACAUUCAGCCAAGAAAACAAAAUCUUUAAAGGUUCAAAUGGUUAACAUGACAGGCAGGCAGCAAUAAUAAUAAUAAUAAUAAUAAAAUGCCUUGGUUUACAUGAAUUGAAUGUGUUCCUGCUUUAUCAUGCUUUUUCCCUCCUGUGUGUGUGCAUCUGCAGUCACAAAGUGUUACAGGUACCAAGCAGAAUGGAAACACUGAUGUUGAAUGUUCCUACAUUUUUUUUCUGACGCCGCAAAUCUUUUACCUGAUGGGUUUUUAUCGUUAUUUUGUAUUCCUCUAUUGCUGUACAUUCUGUACAUUGAAAGACCAAGGGAGACAAGUUAUUGAUUUAUUCUUUGUUUACACAAAAUCCCAUUUAGAUUCCAAAUGCCGUCUCAAUUUUGGCUGGAAGACAAAGUCACCGCAACUACAGCCAAACAAAGCAUAAGUUAUCUUCUGAGUAGCACAGUAAGCCUGGGAUAAAGGAGAAUUGUUACCCUAAAGACAGAUACAGAUGUCCUGGAGAUUGUAAUACAAGUGUGCAACAAUGUGAUGACGAUGCCCUUGAAUUCCUCUGCAGAAAAGGGGGGAAAUAUGCACCGACUUGCCAUUUGCAGUGCAAAUAAAUUCAUCAGUGAGAUCAUUGAAAUGUCUGCUAAUCUGUCCCAUUACAA